AUGAUCAAUGCUGUAAUGAUUUUCACCCCUCGUGGUGAACUAUUAGUUUUCAAAGUAUUCAAGAGUUCUGUUAAGAGAACAAUCUCCGACAUUUUUCGAGUACAAGUUAUCAAUAAUGAUAAUAUUAGAUCUCCAAUUCUAACACUUGGAUCAACUACUUUCCAUUUUAUUAGAACUACUGCUGGUAGUAAAUUAUGGUUAGUAGCUGUCACUCGAAGCAAUGCAGAUAGUGGUGCCAUUUGGGAGUAUUUAUAUAAACUUAAUAGUUUGAUGGAGGUGUAUGGGUUAACUCAUGAAGACAUUCUAAAAGAUGAAUUUAUUGUAUGCCAUGAAUUACUGGAUAUAACGCUAGGUAUGAAUGGUUUACCUAUGGAUACCGAAUUAAGCUCAGUUAUAGGAAAAAUGACAUUAAAACCUGCACAGGUUUUAACCAGCUCUGCAGAUAGAUCAGAUAUACUGGCAUCUAGUGUCACAACUUUAGGCCAUAAUUCUACACCAAUAAGCAUGCCCAAAUUCUUAAGUAGAAAUAGUAAUAGAUCAGUCACCCAAGAAUUUGAAUCACAGUUUUCACCAUCUAACAUUCCUUGGAGAUCUCGAGAUAUAAAAUAUAAGAAGAAUGAAAUGAUUGUGAAUGUAAUAGAAAAAAUAAAUGUGCUGGUUGGGAAAGAUGAUAAUAUACUGAGAGCGUAUGUAGAUGGUACCAUUGAUAUAACUGCGCAUCUUUCUGGAAUGCCAAUGUGUCAAAUAGGCAUGAAUGAUUUAUCAACGAUACAAGGAGGUGAAAAUGCCCAUUGGACCAAUGAAGAUAGAGCAUCUAAUAGAGAUGCAAUGCCAGAUGUAAGUGGUGAUAGGGUUAUAUUAGAGGGCUCUAAAUUUCAUCAAUGUGUAGCACUUGAUAAAUAUAAUAAGGAUAAUGUAAUUUGGUUCAUACCUCCAGAUGGCCAAUUCGAAUUAAUGAAAUAUCAUGUAAGCAAUAAUUUAAAUUUGCCAUUUCGAAUCACCCCUCAAGUGACAUUAACAUCUCAUGGUACUGCAUUAUCUUAUGCCAUUAAAUUAAAAUCAUUAUUCCCUCGUAAAUUAUCUGCAGAAAAUGUCGUACUUCGUAUACCUGUACCACCAGGGACGCUAGAUUGUAAAAUAAAUGCAUCUGAUGGUAAAUGCAAAUUUAUUCCAGAGGAAAAUUGUAUGGUAUGGUCUUUUCAUAGGUUUAAUGGCUCCACAGAGAAUCAUUUAAAUGCUCAGACUGUCCCAACACAAUCAAUCGCAUCUCAAUCGAUAAAACAAUGGACUAGGCCACCUAUGUCUUUAGAUUUUAAAGUUUUGAUGUUUAGCAAUACGGGGCUAAUCGUUCGUUAUCUAAAAGUUCAAGAAAAAAAUAUGCACUACAAUACAAUAAAAUGGAUUAAAUACAUUUCAGCUGCUGGAUCAUAUGAGGUCAGGUAUUAG